AUGGUGGCAGCGGUGGGAUUAGCCAAAUCUAGUGAUUUAGUUGUUUUGAAAAUGUCCUCUCUUUCAGCAAUUUUGGAAGCAGGUAAGCGACUUCAACUUGAAGGCGACCAACUACGAUUGUUCAUUCAAGAGCAGCAAGCCAAGGAAAGAGAUGACCGUGAAAGAGAAAGGGAAGAGAAAAAGAUGCAAAGGCAAAUGGAAGAGGAAAGAGAGGCUCGGGCUGACAGGAGAGCAGAAGAAGAACAUAAACGCAAAAUGGAAUUAAUUCGUGCAGAACAGGAGUAUCAAUCUGAAUGGGACAAAUCGGGACGUCGGAGGGAGACCAAUCCUAGAGAUACAAUAAAGAAGGGUCCCAAGUUACCUGCCUUCAAUGAAGAAAAGGACAACAUCGAUGCUUACAUCCAGCGCUUCGAACGGUACGCAACGGUACAGAAUUGGGAACGUGAUGGAUGGGGAGCUAACCUUAGCGCUCUUUUGACGGGUAAUGCAUUAGCGGUGUUUUCUCGUUUACCAGUCCAUCAGUCUCUGGAUUUCGACGAACUUAAGAAGGCAUUACUGAGGAGAUUUGAUAUGACAGGGGAAGGAUUCAGGAAAAGCUUCCGAACAUCAAGACCCGAUGGAAGUGAAACAUUUUCACAGUUUUCCAUUCGCCUUGAAAACUACUUGGAGAGAUGGGUCGAACUAGCCGACACUAACAAGACCUAUGAAGGCUUGAAAGACUUGUUUUUGAGAGAUCAGUUUUUACAGGUAUGUAACCAGGAUCUGAUGUUGUUCCUGAAGGAACGGAUUCCCGUGUCCCUUGAUGCAAUGUCCAGACUGGCCGAUCAAUAUGUAGAGGCAAGAAGAACGAAAGCGGCAAACUUGAUAUCUUCUAAGGGAACCAAGGCAGGAAGUCAUAAGGCAACAGCUUCAGGACAUUCGCCGUCAACAAGUUCUACACCUGGGAAAUCUACAAUUGGUUCAAGCGCCUUGCCCAAGGAGAGGACUUGUUUCUAUUGCAAAAAGGUUGGACAUAUUGCUUCAGAUUGCCGGAAGAAGAAAUCUGACAAGAUGAAAGAAGGUCAGGCAGCCUCUAUGGUAAAAGAUAAAGGGAACACGAGUGGCGCCAACACCAUACCGAAGAAUUCUGAUUACAGUAAAGAACAAAGUUACAUUUUGUACAUGUAA